ACCGCGGCGUCGCCGUGGAUGGACCAUCUCCCAUACCAGCCACGGUACACCAUGAACUCCGGCUCCAAAGACAUCACGGACCUGGACACAGCGGCCACGAUAUCUCACCCGAGCACGACUGGUGCCACUGCAAGCUCGGUGUCUAUGGACCGGCACGGCGCCUCCGGGCCGCCCGCGCUCGACCUACCGACGAGCCCUUCCGCAUUCGGUAUGAAGCGCGAGGAUACUAUUGAGUCCACCCCUGCCGUGUUCCACAUCAAGCACGAAGAUGACGACGCAGAUGACGACGCAGAGACCGCCGCCGCCAUGAUGUCCGCACUGACCACAGUUUCCCCCAUCGCCAUGAGUGCACCCUUUGCGUCGACAUCCACGUCGGUGUCGACGGGCUCACACACUCUCGCGACGAGCACCCAUUUUAUCUCAAAAUCUGCUGCAAUCCAGCCCUUCGCGCUCGCCAGCGGCAGCCGCAUCAAAAUCGACGAAGCAUCGGACGAUGACGACGACGACGAGUACGUGAUGCCGGGUAAGGGCAAGGGCCGAGCGAGGGCUGCUAGCAAGGGCAAAGCUGUCAGUAAAGGCAAAGGCAGGGCAUACACGAAGCCGAGUGAGGCAGAGAGCUCGCACCGCGAUAGCGAGCGCGAGAGGCAGCGCAAGAAGAGCGCAGCGAAGGCUGCUGUCAUGCGGCAGUUCCAGGCGUGCGCAGGGUCUCAUGCGGCAAUGCACGACGACGAGGAGUUGCAGGCGUCGGGGUCAGGAUCGGGAGCACAGGCGCAAGAUACGAAGAAGAAGCAGCCUUUCCUGGCGUGUUUCUUUUGCCGUGGACGCAAGAUCGCGUGUGGACCGCCGCCGCCAGGGAGUGCAGAUCGGACAUGCAACCAGUGCGCGCGGCGCGAGCUCAUCUGCAAUUAUCCGCUAACGUCGCGCCGUGGCCAGCGCCGAACAACCACUGCCGUGCAAGAGGAUGCGUAGACUCGGUUUUCAAUAUCCGCCUCAAUGCCGCCUGCAUUGUGCAUCGGGUCUGCUAUCGAUGUCCAAGCGUGCGCUGUGCGGCUACCCAGUCUCGUCCACGUCUAUCAUCCUGCAUUGUCAUGUCUCGUUAUCGCGAAAUAGCAAGUCCUGAUACACUUCGGUUCGCAUUUGUUGCAUGUGUUUUCUUUUGGUGGUUUGUUCGCUAUUGUAUCGGACUGUAAUGUCUCCUAUCCUGUUAUAUCUCGUUUUUCAAACUUCUCUGCGUAUAGUCUAUCGGAGUUACUCGUCGUUAUUUUGUUGUAUACAUCUACUGCCUGUCAAAUCAUAGUCGUCUUUGUAGUCAUUAUUGCUCUUCGCUGAUUCCGCUGCCGCUUUCGCAUUGUUAUCAUGUAUAUUGCUAUUUCUUGACACCUAUCUGUUCGUUUGUCUCCGCGUUUUGCCCAUCACACUUCUUGCUCUACAUGGGUUCCAUCUUGUCGAAUGCUAGUGUGCUGUUUGUUUCCAUUUAACCCAAUUAUAGUUGCAUUACCAUGCCCA